AUGGCCAGACAAGAAGGGCGGCUGCUGAUUAAUUUGAAAACGAACUAUCCCAAUGUGGUGGUAGAUACUGAGAAAAGAGUUUUAGGAGAGAGAUCCAGAAAGAAGACCUCGGGCAAUCAGAAAAGGCGACGAAAGGAGCUUUCUACAGCAGCGCGUGCGUUGCUGAAUUCGGGAGUAGUGAGGGUGGAGAGCGAAGACAAGAAUUGCCGCUUCCAGGAGCACGGCAUUGGUCUGGACGUAGGGCAGAGCCUCAGGGGCGCAUCGACCGCACCGAGACCAGCGAGUACUUCACCCGAUGCUGCUGGAUUUCUGAGGGAGGAGGAAAGCUGUGCCAAGCGCCGUGAUGAGGAUGGGCCAAGCGCUAAGAAAGCUCUGCUGAAUUUCGAUGGGGGAGCAAAGGAGACCCCUCUGAACACUGAGGAGUGCAACAUCCGAGUUGCCGCUGCCAGGUUUUUAAAGAGAGACAAACUGAUGGUUGGGGAGGUCCUGGAUUCCACAGAGACAACACAUACUGAAUUUAAGAGCUUCUCUACAGAGAAUAUCUUGGAAUACAUUAGAAAAACCCUUCCAAAUUAUGCCUCUGCCUUUGCAAACACUCAGGGUGGUUAUUUAUUUUUUGGAGUGGACGACAGCAGUAAAGUCAUUGGAAGCCACAGUAAAGUAGAGAAAGAAGCUUUAGAAAGAACAGUAGCUGGUACCAUGGGCUCGAUGCCCAUCCAUCACUUCUGCGGCCCUCAGGCUGGUGUGCAGAUUAAGACGUACAUCCUGGGCGCUGAUGACAAAGCAGAACGCUUGCAGGGCUACGUAUGCACUGUGCGAGUUGAAGCGUUUUGCUGCGCUGUUUUCCACGAUAACCCUGAAUCCUGGAUUGUGACGGGUGACACGAUUGGAAGAUUGAACGUCAGGAAGCGGACGGAGCUCAUGACGGCUGCAGACCCGGAUCUUUCAAAUCUGGCUGAUGAAUUUGAGAAUGAGCUCAGUUUCUCAAAUGGUCCUCCUCUUAUCAAGCCAGUUUAUUCAAAAGCUGGUCUUAGUGUGUCUGAACUCCAAGAAUGCCUCUACCCAGUGGCUUCUAAUGAAAUCAAAUGGAAGCCAGAAACCAUCUGCACCGACCUGUUCUUAGAGCAUCCUGGAUUAGAGGAUUUAAUGAAAAAACAAAUCCAUCCACUUAACAAGGGGGUACUGAUAUUUUCAAGGGGUUGGGCUGUUGACAUUGGAUCGCGGAAAAAACAGGGUGUUGUGUGUGAUGUUCUCUUAGAAGCUGAAAAUGCAUAUCCAGUAUUGUAUACUGUAGUCAAGGACGCCUCUUCUGCUGAGUCUAAAAACUCGAGAGAAACUGCUUAUGCGUUAAAGUGGAAACUAGUCAAUGAUGGGGGAUAUGCUUCAAAAGUGUGUGUGAUUCCCCAAAUACUGCACCUGAAUGGCACAAAGAACUGGAUGGAAGUUGCAGAGGCUGACGUUCCCCAGCAAGAAAACCAAGAACACCCGUGUGAUUAUGCCAGCUUGUACCCAGAGAAUUACAUCCUCACCUCCAGGGACAUCCCCGUGUUCCUGCGUGCACUUGUGAUUGUUGUGCUGCACUUUAAGUCCCGCUUAAGUCACCAUCUUGGCUGUGAGAUUUUCAGCCUUCUCACUCUCAAGCAGUAUGAGCUGCUCCCCAAGAACAAUGUCAAGGAGCAGUUUGUCCUUGGUGUUCCUGGAACUGGGAAAACAAUUGUGGCUUUGAAGAUCAUUGAGAGAAUAAGAAACAUUUUUCACUGUUCUGCAAAAGAGAUACUCUACAUUUGUGAAAAUCAGCCCUUGAAGAAGUUUGUGGGAAAUGAGAUCUGCCAGUCUGUGACACAUGUUGCCUUCUUAAAUGGGAACUUCCCAGAAGUGAAACACAUUGUGGUUGAUGAAGCUCAGAAUUUUCAUCCUGAAGAAAACCGGCACCAAAGUGCCCAGGAGCUAGUCAAGAAAAGUGGCAUUUUCUGGGUCUUCCUGGAUUUCUUCCAGUCCACUCACCCAUACGGUUGUGGACUUAAGUUUUCAGAACUAUAUCCUCAGGAAUGGUUGAUCAAAGUGGUCCGUAAUGCCAAACAAAUAUACAACGUCAUGUUUAAUCUAAUGGAGGAAAUCCUCCAAGAACGUAACACAGACAUGCCCUGUGAGGUGCUGGAAGAGUUGCUUAAACAGGCUGAAUGCGCCCAUUCUUUGUCAGGUGACUGCAUAAUAAAAAAUAAUAUGGGAACGUCUGAAAUGGCAGAGUACGUGACCGGGCAGUGCAACAGCUAUAUCCAGCAAGGCUAUCCCAUCAAAGAUACUGCAGUCCUGUGCAGUACACAGCAUGCAGCCCAUGCUGCAUGGAUAUUGGAAUAUAGGAUAUUGGGACCUGAGCUAAAAAGACAAAUAAGGAAAUGCAGGGUGAGGUUGAUCUUGGGGCAAGCGGAGAAUGUUUUAGAAAAUGUCAUCGUUCUUGACAGCAUCCAUCGCUUCUCAGGCCUAGAAGGGAGGAUUGUGUUUGGCAUCCACCCUGUGUUGGCACAAGAGGAGAUAUCUCUCUGUCUUUUCCUCUGCGUGGCAUCCAGAGCCAACACCAAACUCCAUUUGCUGUAUCACAAAGAAAAGAUGUUCUUAACAGACACGUCUUUAGAUGAGUUUACUCUUACCUAG